GCAUCAUGCUGCCCUCUCUUCUUUUCAGACGAGCUUGCUUCCGCUCCUCUUUCCGGAGCUGCAGACGCGGCUUGCUUACCCAGUCGUUCAGCGUCGGGCCGUCCGAGCCACCACUUCUCGAGCAAACUGUCGGUGAACACUUCGCCGGUGUCGUGAGGCAGCAUGGGGAUCGGACUGCAGUGAUAUCACGACACCAACAAACCCGCCUCACAUACGAAGCCCUCGACCGCGAUAGCAAUGCUCUAGCUAGGGGCCUAGCGGCACUUGGUGUGCAAAAGGGCGAUCGGGUGGCUGUGUCAUUGGGGAAUAAUAUUGAAUAUGCGACGGCUACGUAUGCUGUGUUCAAGCUCGGAGCGAUACUGGUCCCAUUGAAUCCAGCUUUCAACGCUAUGCAGGUAGUAUCCGCAAUGAACCACCUCGAAGCUUCCCAGCUCAUAAUCGGCGCUGAAACAAAUCUUCCACGGAAAGAUCCGAGAUCUAAUAUACCUCUUCUCACACACAUGGUUCCGGAUUUAGAGGGUGGUCGAAAUGAAAAUGUAGAAUCCGAUCUCGUCCCAUCUCUUAAAAGCGUCAUCAUGGUCAACAAUUCCGACGGCCGAAUUGACCCCUUAGACUACAAAAGCACUACUCGCUACGAGGACGUCCUCGAAGAAGGAGGUUCAGGCCACGCUCUCCCGGACCAAGGACUCGACCGCAAUGAUAUCGUUAAUAUCCAGUUCACCUCCGGCACAACGUCUAUGCCAAAAGCUGCAUGUCUCUCACACCGCUCUAUCCUCAACAACGGUAAUAGCAUCGGUGAUCGCAUGCUUCUGACACCUGAAGACGUCGUCGUUUGUCCCCCGCCCCUAUUCCACUGCUUCGGCAGCAUCCUGGGCUACAUGGCCACAGCUACGCACGCCUCUGCCAUCAUCUUCCCCUCCGAAUCCUUCAACCCCCUCGAAACGCUGCACUCCGUGCACGAAUACGCCGCCACCGCCCUCUACGGCGUGCCCACCAUGUUCCUCGCCGAGCUCGAGCUCCUCGCCGCGGGCGCCGUCCCCUACACCUCGUUCCCCUCUCUGCGCACAGGUAUCGCCGCCGGCAGCUCCAUCCCCGCCGAGAUAAUGCGUAAACUGCACAAACGCCUGAAUCUGACGGAACUAACGAUCUGCUACGGCAUGACCGAGACCUCCCCGGUGAGCGCAAUGACGACGACCAACGACCCCAUGGACAAGCGUAUCAACAGCGUCGGCCGCCUGUUGCCGCACAUCGCCGCCAAAGUCGUGAACCCUGCCGACCCAGUCGAGAUCCUGCCGCUCAACGCGCGCGGCGAGCUGGCGGUCGCGGGCUACAGCGUCAUGACGGGGUACUGGGGCGACGCCGAGCGGAGCGCGGAGGUGCUGGUGCCGGAUGCGCAGGGGCGGGUGUGGAUGCACACGGGGGACGAGGCGAGUAUGGAUGAGGAGGGGUAUGUGAAGAUUACGGGGCGGAUCAAGGAUUUGAUUAUCAGGGGCGGCGAGAAUAUUCAUCCGCUGGAGGUGGAGAACUGUCUUUUUGCGCACCCGGGGGUGGCGGAGGUGAGUGUGGUGGGGAUGCCGGAUGAGCGGUAUGGGGAGUGUGUGGGGGCGUUUGUGGUCAGGCAUGAGGAGGCCGGGGGGGAUGGGGUGAAGAGGGUGACGGCGGAAGAGGUGAGGGAGUGGGUGAGGGGGAAGUUGAGUCAUCAUUUAGUGCCGAAGUAUGUGUUUUGGGUGGAUGGGUAUCCGAAAACCGCAAGUGGGAAGAUUCAAAAGUUCAAGUUGAAGGAGAGAGGGUUGGCGAUGAUUAAGGAGGGGAUGGGGUUGGAGUAAGCAUCUAGAUCCAAGAGUGAGAUUCGCAACUCUAAUCUACAUCGUUUCAACCCCACAAAGCCAAGUGAUAUGAACGAACAAUCCUCUCUUGCGUAGCGAGAUGAAGUCCCUUUCGGCAGCCGUAAAUCGGGCCUUUGUUGAAACUUGCCUGUCUUAAAAAGAUACUGCCUCUCAUCCACAUAUACGCAGGGGGGUUGGCAACGUCCGAGUAGGCACGAGAAGCUCAUCUAAUGUUCCCGGGGGUAUGAAUGUUAUAGCGUGUGUGAACGUUAUGUCGAAUGUCAGUGUCCGCUAAAUAUUAGAACGGUAAUCGGAAGGUAGAACGGUAUAGCGUAUAUUCACGGUAUGUACAUCAUGGACGUUAUAACGAGCUCUUUAUGUAGUUAUAAAUUAGCUGAACUAGGGUGCGGCUGAAAAUACCAAG